AACAAUAUUAGGAGCAUGAAACAAAUAAUAUUCAUUGAGAUUUAUAAUCUAACAUGAAAGAAUACUAAAGACAAUAAACUAUCUUGCGUAAUAUACUUCAGAGCUUCAUCUAACCGCAUAAUAUGAGUGUAAGGUACGAAUGAGCCGUAUACAAUUGAUGACAGGGCAAGGUCGUUUAUGCCUAUGAGAAUGAAUCCUAUAUAGUCCACCACCUUAAAAAGACGUAAGUUCAGUUUAGCGACAAAAAUUAAUCAGUACGACAAUGAUAGAAAUCAAGUUAUUUUUCCUAAUCGGCCUCCAUACACACAUUUUUUCACUAAAUAAGUCAUAAGAGCUUUUGUUUUGAAUAAAAUCUCAUCAACACCUUAAAAAUAUUAAAAUCGAAUAUGAUAAUCAAGCAGAUCAGAAUUUUUACUUCAAAACGAUAUCCAUUUUGAUACCCUUUCAAAAAUGAAUCAUACCUUAAUAUUUUGGAUCUGAAAAUAUCAUUGAGGUUACUUGGCUUGCAUCUAAAACAACAAUCAUUCAUCUACGUAGAAUUUCCUCAGAAAAAACCGAAGUUCCAGUUGAUGUUAAGUUUAGAACGGGUUGUUAAUUCAUAAAACGAUGCUUGCCUGAGAAUUGGGCACAAUUAACGCACCUAAAUUCAAAAACAAACGUACACACCGACCCCUCUAAAAAGCUCAAUAGACUUAGUGACAGACGCACAUAUACGAACGCACGACACACAUACAUCCGCACACGCACGUGCAUACGCACAGCUCUCACACAGACGCGGAUUAGGGAUCAACUGUUCGUUCGCGCACUGGAUUAUCAACUUCUGAAUCUGGCAUCCCUCUGAAUUCCACGGUUUAUUCGAAUCCUUCGCGGAGUACUUGUAAAUAGCUGUCAUUUACACGACUGACGGAAUCCCAAUGGCAUCCAAUAAUAUGUACAGAGUCGGGGAUUUCGUUUAUUUUGAAUCAUCAGCCACUGCUCCAUAUCAAAUCCGUCGAAUAGAUGAACUUAAUAAAACUCCUACUGGUGCUGUUGAAGCUAAAGUUGCCUGUUACUACCGUAGACGUGAUGUAUCCAGUGCUUUGAUUAACCAGGCAGAAAAAUAUUAUGGCAGUGAUGAUGAUUAUGAUGAAGAAUGUACAAAUGAAAUAGCCAAUUCAAAUAAUAAUGAUAAUAACUCCAAAGAAGGCUUAAAACGCUCUAAUACUGUAAUCACCGAACAACAAAAGCAUCAGUUAAAACAUCGAGAAUUGUUUCUUUCGCGACAAGUUGAAUGUCUACCAGCUACGCAUAUUAGGGGCAAAUGCUCGGUUACACUACACAAUGAUGCAGAACCAUUGACAAAUUACCUAGCCAGAGAUGAGGCAUUUUAUUAUAAACUUAUAUAUGAUCCUAAUUUAAAGACUCUUCAAGAAGAUAGAGGUUCAAUGAGAAUUGGAUCAGAUUAUCAGUCUGAGAUACAAUGCUUACUAAAAUCAAAAUCAGAAGAUGUACGAUUGACUGAAGUACAUGAGGAGUUAGUUUGGUCCCCUUCCCAUUCAUUAACAGUUCAAGAGAUCGAUAUGUUUUGUUUAUUAGCCAAAGCCGUUGGCACAUACGGUCGUGCACAUGAUACUUCAUCAUCUACUAGACAACCACUUCUACUGAGUGCUACAGCUUCAGCUGCACGUGAUAUAACUCGUCAACAUGCGCAUGAUAUACUUCAUGAAGCCAACUACGAUUUGAACAAAGCCAUAAAUCUUCUAUUACCUGGUGGUCAACCUAUUAUUUAUCGUGAUCAAUUAGAAGAUUGGUCCGCAAAUGAAACAAAUAUAUUUGAAGAAGCAUUAGAUAAAUAUUCGAAAGUAUUCACAGAUAUACUUUCUAAUUGCUUACCAUGGAAAACUCAUAAAUCAAUAGUUGAACUUUAUUAUUUUUGGAAAACUACAGAUCGUUAUGUUAGACAACGUCGAACUAAAUUAGCUGCUCAGGAACAUAAAUUAAAACAAGUUUAUAUUCCAAAUUAUAAUAAACCUAAUCCAGCUGUAUUAUAUCAUAAUACGGAUAAAACAAUUAAUCGACCAUGUGAAGGAUGUGGAUCAUUAAAUUCCCCUCAAUGGUAUGCAUGGGGUCCAUCGAAUGCUAACUCUCGUCUAUGUACUGAUUGUUGGUCUUAUUGGAAACGUUAUGGUGGUUUGAAAAGUAUCGAAUCUAAAGAGCGUCCUACUACAACCUUACGCACUCAGCAACAGUUAAACAAUUCAACAGUUGAAACUAAUUCAAAAUCUGGUGGUCCUAUUAACAUUACCGGAUCAGUGAAUCAUCAAUUCAAAUCUCAUUCUAUUGGCUUAUCAAGUGGAGCUUUAGAUGGUGGUGACAUUGAUCCAUAUACAAAUGACCAUCAUCAUAAUAAUAAUACGUCUGCUACAAACAUGACUAAUAAUGCUAAUCUUUCCGCUGCUAAUAGUAAAUUAAUUGAUGGAUCUGGAUUCUUCGGUACUUUAAUCGGUACCCCAAGAGGAACGCAAUGCUUUAGAACUCCGUCCAUUAUACGUCUAGCACGCAUACUUUGUCCAAAUCUUGUUCAACCUCUACGUUUAGCUCGACAUCCUGGUGGAGUACCGGAAAUUUUCUCAUCUAAGCAACAAGUCCAACAUGAAAGCGAAUGCAAUGAAUCUAAUCUAACAGGGAUGGAUAAUUUGUCUGAAUCUAAUAUGAUGUUGAUGUACGCAACACUGAAGGCUGCUGCCCAGCCGAUAAUAGCACGUAUACACGAUCCAUCAAUUUUAUUGACUCGACCACGGAGAGCACGACGCUUAAAUGAUGUGAUUGAUUCAAUGGCUUCACGUAAAGGUGUUGUGUUUCAGCCAUUAGAUCUAUCAUCAACUUUAAAGUUGUCAGUUGCAAAUGGUCCUGUCUACGAUCGUAAACGUCCUCAUUCACCUGUCUCUAUAAAUGCACCAUCUUCAAAAAAAUUACAUGAAACUGACGAUAAAGUAAAUAAGAGUAAAAACUCGUCAAUGUUGACAGAAAAUAUCACAAGUGAAAAAUGUUUAACUAAUGGAAAGAGUACGGCAUCUGUUAUGGGCACUAGUCCGUUUAUUACUAAGUCCGAUUGUUCUUUUUCAUCCGCCUCCACUGAUGUUUCAUCCAGGCCAAAAAAAUCAGCAUUAACAACUGAUCCUAGUUUAAUUAAUCAGAAUUUAAUUUUAACUAGUAAUGGAAUUUCUACUGAUGACAGAACAACAAUCAUAUCGAAAUUUGAAUCGGAGCUAAUUCAGUAACUCCACCAGGGUCAAAGAAUGUAUCCGAAUCAAAUUUACUUAACUAAUCGACAGUUCCCUGUCAAACCAAUGUAAACUUGUGUGUUGCUCUUUCUUCCUAUCCCCUCUCCAACUCCACUUCUUUUUAUUGUCACUUCUCUUUGAGAAGAGUUGUUUGGCGUAACCGAUACUCUCUUAUGCACUUGUGUUUUCUUUUUUUUUCCGUGUUAUCAGUGUUAUUAAUAAUAACUAGCC